GAUAUUAGGCCAAGAGGAAUUAUCGAUGAUAUACCUAUAGAUUUAAAUCAGGAUUCAUUAAUACAAGAUAUAUUGAUUGAUUUUUCAGACGUUGUUGAUAUAUUAUUUAAUAAUAAUCAAGAAACUGAACCAGUUCCUUAUGAAGAAAAUUAUUUAUUUCUUCUUAAAAAACAAUCAAAAAAUAAUUUGUAA